AACAUUAAGUUGCAGAAUUUCUCUUUAUAAACCUUUGUAACGAUAAGCAAACAGUUUUUUAUUAAAUAAAUCUUUAAAUUACCAUUUGUUUAAAUCUAAAGUGUUAAAUUAUUCAAAUCUUUUCAACAUGUCAUCACGUAAAACAGCAACACGUCGUGCCACCACAAAAAAACGAGCUCAAAGAGCGACAUCAAAUGUAUUCGCCAUGUUUGAUCAAGCUCAAAUUGCUGAGUUCAAGGAAGCAUUCAAUAUGAUCGAUCAAAAUCGCGAUGGCUUUAUUGAAAAAGAAGAUCUGCAUGACAUGUUGGCAUCAUUGGGUAAGAAUCCAACAGAUGAUUAUCUUGAAGAGAUGAUGAAUCAAGCGCCAGGUCCAAUUAACUUUACGAUGUUCCUCACACUUUUCGGUGAGCGUUUACAAGGAACAGAUCCAGAAGAUGUCAUUAAGAAUGCCUUCGGUUGUUUCGAUGAAGACAAUAAUGGAUACAUUUCUGAGGAUCGCCUCAGAGAACUCCUCACAACAAUGGGCGACCGUUUCACUGACGAAGAUGUUGACGAAAUGUAUCGUGAAGCGCCAAUCAAGAAUAAUUUGUUUGAUUACAUUGAAUUCACAAGAAUUCUCAAACACGGAGCCAAGGAAAAUGAGAACGAACAAUAAAAACCUGUGGAAUAAUUCUUUAUUUCUUAUUUUUUAUUUUGUCUUGGCCAUUUACCAAACAUUCAUCUUAAACAAGAUAAAAAAGUUUACUUAAUUUUUAAUAGAUUUUUAUGAUUUUUUUUUCUUUUGCGAGAAUUUUACUUCCAAAUGAUUCCAGUAUUCGCUGCACUUCAGCUUUAAUGCAUAAUUUAACAUCAUCAAUCGAUAUUUACGAUUGAAUUUUAAAACAUUCAUAAAUCUAUCGGCGAAAAUUUAUUUUCAAUUUUUCUUUUUCAUUUAUUCUUUAAGAAUUCAAUAAAUUUUUUUUCCCGAUUCCCCAUUGAAUGAAUAACAGAAUGUUAAUCAAAUUACAUUUUUUUAUAUCACUGCAGAAAUUGUAAAGAAUUUAAUAAUAAACAAAACAAAAAGUCUCGUUCGUCGAUAGAUAGCGAGAAGAGAAGAAAAUAAAAGCAAAAUGAAUUUUUGUUUUCACUUUAUGAAACAUUUUUAUACAUUAAUAGAAGCGAAAAGUUAAAGUUUUUAACUACCAAGGUACUUAAAUACGUAUUUCAAAUUUACCAUCGGCUUUUUUCAUCGCGUUGUGUGAAAAUUACAUUUUCAAACUCAUUCACCGCCAGGAAAUAAAAAUUUUCGUUGUGAAUAGCUUCACAUAGAAUAUAAACGCAGACGAUGGCGAACAUUUCCAUUUAUUCAGA